UGGUAAAGUUUGGAGAGUUUAAUUGCGCGCUCGGAGCAGGUGGUUUCCACAAUAACAAUUUUGGGGUUGUUAUAUAAAAAAAAUCGGCAUCUUCAAGAUGUAGGUGUUCAUCGUGGAUCAUUAUUUGUGGGAGGCUUCACUUCUGCAGAACGAAUACGGAGGCGCUGUCAGUGGUGAGUGAAGACCCGUCAAUAUUUGAGUCCUCCUAUGGCUCCUCCCACUUAAUGAAGACAGACAUGACAUCAGAAGGUGACUUCAAUCGGGGUUCUAAAGAGAGUCCCGAGACAGUGGAACAGGACUGGCUCCACCAGAGCGGACGGGCACCCAUCAAGAGAGAGAAUGAACACGUCAAUGGCAACAGCAGGGAAUCUCCAGUAGACUGUAGUGUUACCAAAAGGAGCAGGAUUAUAAACAACGCAGAGGUAAAUCACCUUGGUUACCAAACCAGCUACCAGGAACAGAGGAAUACUCCCCAGACCAACACUCCGAGCAGCACCACAGAGGAGAAGAGAGUCAUUGUACCAGCUGAUCCUGGGGUGUGGACACAGGAACACGUCAAGCAGUGGGUCGACUGGGCAAUUAAAGAAUACUGCCUCAUCGACGUGGACGUCUCUCGCUUCCACAACAUUGAUGGGAAAGAACUCUGUAAACUCAACAAAGAAGAUUUCACACACAUGACCUCGGAAUACAACACCGACAUUCUACUGUCGCACCUCAAUUACCUCAGACAAAGCAGCCCAACCUUCUCCUAUCCACCUACUCCACAAAUCACACAACAGCAGCCGCGGGUUCAUGUUAAGACUGAAAAUACUUACGAGGAGAUCAGAAGGUCCAGUUGGGUGGCUCCUAUAAAUUCUGUCCAAAAGGGAUCUCCAACUCAGAUUCAUCCCACCAGCAGGGAGACUGAACCCCCUCCUCGCAUUGUCCCAGAUCCCUACCAAGUUCUUGGACCAACCAUCAGUCGCUUAGUGAACCCAGGCUCGGGCCAGAUCCAGCUGUGGCAGUUCCUCCUGGAGCUGCUCACCGACAGCGGCAAUGCCAGCUGCAUCACGUGGGAGGGGACCAAUGGAGAGUUUAAGAUGAUUGACCCGGACGAGGUGGCGCGACGCUGGGGGGAGAGGAAGAGCAAACCCAACAUGAACUACGACAAGCUGAGCCGCGCCCUGCGCUACUACUACGACAAGAACAUCAUGACCAAGGUGCACGGCAAGCGCUACGCCUACAAGUUCGACUUCCAGGGCAUCUCGCAGGCGCACCAGAGCCACAACAGUGACCAAAGCGUCCUCAAGUACCAGCCUGAGGUGCAGUAUGUGCAGCCGUACCACAGCCACCAACAGAAAAUGAACUUCAUGGGGUCCCACGGCUCCCCUAUGCCUGUCACCUCAGGGAGCUUUUUCGGGUCUCCUUCCCCCUAUUGGAACUCGACUACAGGAUCCAUCUACCCCAAUCCUGGGGUUCCCAGACACCCAGGCACUCACGUCUCCUCUCACCUGGGCCCCUUUUACUGAAUAUCCCGCAGACAGACUCUUACCAGGGGCUGCUAUUGGGUAGGAAGGGAUCAUACACUUGGGGUGCCUUUGAUAAGUGCAGAAGGCUGUUCUGGGUCCAAAUACUGAGCACAGCAAAACCAAACAAAUUUUUAUAUGAGCUGUUAUGUUACUGAACACCACAGAUGGACUGAAUAACCAAGUACUGUGCACAGUAUGUAUGUAGAUAGACUUUUAACCCUAUGAACUGCAAAUUGUCAGUCGAUACCUCCUGUUACUGUACUUAUGGACAAUCAUUUUGGAUUUUUUUUCAUGUAAGCAUAGCUUAUGUUUCAUCUCACAUGGGUUUUCAUAUAUCCCCAGGAAUUAAGAAGAAUGGGUUUUGAGACUUUUGUUAGUCAGUGGGAAAAGUAACUUGUGUCUUUGUUAUGUGUUUUUUUUUUUUUUUUUUU